AUGAAGGAAACACCUGAAAGCCACACUAGGAAAGUCGUGCAAAUGCACACUCUGGCAGAAAAUUUUUGUCGACAAUUAGCAAAAAAAGUGUCGGAACUGAAGUGUGAAGAUGAAUUUGGACAGAUAGUGAUGUACCAAGAAAUUUAUUUGGGUAAAGUUAAUGAUUAGUUUAUAACCAUUGAAGAGUUUAUUCCAGGAUCAUUUGUUAAGUAUUUUAACAACACUGGGAUUCCUUGUGAAGAUAACGAGAAUAUCAAGAAUGGCAUGAAGGCAGAAUGUUUAGCACAUUUCUCAUUCGAAAAGUCCAACCGGAAGCUGAUGCUUGUAGAUAUCCGAGGUUGUGGAGUAAAGCUUUAUGAUCCUGAGAUUGCAUCAUCAGAAUUAGUUGAAGAUGGUGAGGUGUUGUUCUGUGCUGGGAAUCUGUCAAACACUGCUGUCGAUAACUUUGUAUUUCAUCAUGUUUGUAACAGGUUCUGCAAACUAGUGCAGCUCCCUGAUUUGAGGUUGAUUUCUUCUUAA